UUAUCUCAUACUCAGCUCAUUACAUUCUUGCUUGAAAUUUGAAAGUGAUUGAUUGAAUUAAGUGAUAAAACAACCAUACAUGGGAAGAUCACCGUGUUGCGAUAAAGCUAAGGUUAAAAAAGGGCCAUGGUCUAAUGAAGAAGAUUCAAUCCUUGUAAACUUUGUUGCGAAUCAUGGCAAUGGAGGCAAUUGGAUUUCACUACCUAAACAAGCUGGAUUGAAUCGAUGUGGGAAGAGUUGUCGAUUAAGAUGGUUAAAUUAUCUUAGACCGGAUAUCAGGCAUGGUGAUUUCACAGAUGACGAAGAUUAUAUUAUAUACGCCCUUUACAACAACAUAGGCAGCAAGUGGUCAGUAAUUGCUUCAAAUCUAACAGGAAGAACAGAUAAUGAUGUGAAGAAUUACUGGAACACCAAGCUUAAGAAGAAGAUAUCAUCAGGAAAAUUCAAGAAUAUGAAUAUUCCCAUGGUUAAUAUUUCUAAACAUAAUAAUACUUAUUAUUCUGGGAGAUCUAAUUCUAGUACAGAAUUAUUAGACAGAAGUCAUCCGUUUCUGCAUAGUCAAGUAGGUCAAGAUGACAUUUUCGACACGAGAAAGGGUUAUGAAAAUUUUAUUCAAAGUGGAUACACUAGUAGUAAUAAUUCAGUGACAGAUCCAGAAAUUUCAAGCUAUUCAGGAUCAUCAAGUUCUGUGGAUGUUAAUCAAAAUAGCUUGGGAUCGAUUACGUCGUUUAAAGGUGAAGAAGAUGAGUUUUGGAUGGAUUUGUUGUCUGAUUCUUUUGAUGAUGUUGUACAUGGUUCUCAACUUGAGGAGAAAAUCAGUGAGAUUGCUUCUCUUUUAGAUGAUUCGUUUAGUUAAAUGGCAUGCAAAAGUAUUCUGCAUGUUUUUUAUAUUUUUUAUUAUUUGUAAUAUUAUUAUUAAUUUAAAGCAACUUUAAGGUAGAAAUCAUAGAAUUAAGGAGGAAAUAUUUUUGAAUUUAAUUGUGACUUUGCAAUAAUUUAAAUGGGAGAAGUGAUAGUUAAUUCACUAAUUAAUGAUACAGAUUGCUAGCUUGCAAAUUGAUUUGUUAUAUAAUUGUUGGUCCUAAAUUCUAUACCAAAU